CGCGCGGGCGGCGGCGCGGUCCCAUUCAUCGCGCACGGCAUGGCCGGGGGCGGCGGCGCGGAGCGGGCCCGGCCCGGGGGGCUCCUGCCGCCCGCCUGCCGCCAGCCCCGCCGCAGGGAGAACCGGGAGCGGCUGUCGGUGUGCAGUAAGCUGUGCUACGCCGUCGGGGGGGCCCCUUACCAGAUCACGGGCUGUGCGCUCGGCUUCUUCCUUCAGAUCUACCUCCUGGACGUGGCGCAGCUGGACCCUUUCUACGCCUCCAUCAUCCUGUUUGUGGGGCGAGCCUGGGACGCCAUCACAGACCCCAUGGUGGGCUUCUUCAUCAGCAAAACAUCAUGGACCCGCUUUGGCCGCCUGAUGCCCUGGAUCAUCUUCUCCACCCCAUUUGCCGUCAUCUCCUACUUCCUCAUCUGGUUUGUGCCGGACAUCUCCAGAGGCCAAGUGAUGUGGUACCUCGUCUUCUACUGCAUCUUCCAGACCCUUGUGACGUGCUUCCACGUGCCCUACUCGGCGCUGACCAUGUUCAUCAGCAGGGAGCAGAGUGAGCGGGACUCGGCCACUGCCUACCGCAUGACAGUGGAAGUGCUGGGCACUGUGCUGGGCACUGCCAUCCAGGGCCAGAUCGUGGGCAAUGUGGUUACUCCCUGCAUCGAGAGCCCCCUCUUCAUCGGCAAGACCAACUCCUCGGUGGCCAUGGAGGAGCUAAACAUGACCCAUGACACUGGGUCACUCACAGACACGAGAAAUGCCUACAUGAUUGCUGCGGGGGUCAUCGGGGGACUCUACAUCCUCUGCGCCGUGAUCCUGUCGGUGGGCGUGCGGGAGAAGAGAGAGUCCUCUGAGCUCCGGUCGGAUGAGCCUGUCUCCUUCUUCCAGGGGCUGAAGCUGGUGAUGAACCACGGUGCCUACAUCAAACUCAUCGCCGGCUUCCUCUUCACCUCGCUAGCCUUCAUGCUGCUGGAGGGUAACUUUGCCCUCUUCUGUACCUACACCCUGGGCUUCCGCAACGAGUUCCAGAACAUCCUCCUGGCCAUCAUGCUCUCGGCCACCUUGACCAUUCCCCUCUGGCAGUGGUUCCUUACCCGCUUUGGGAAGAAGACGGCUGUCUACGUGGGCAUGUCGUCUGCCAUCCCCUUCCUCAUCAUGGUGGCCGUCCUGGACAGUAACCUCAUCAUCACCUACAUUGUGGCCGUUGCAGCUGGGAUCAGCGUCGCCGCUGCCUUCCUCCUGCCCUGGUCCAUGCUCCCAGACGUCAUAGAUGACUUCAAGCUGCAGCACCCCAACUCCCAUGGCCAUGAAGCCAUCUUCUUCUCCUUCUAUGUCUUCUUCACCAAGUUCACCUCUGGGGUCUCCCUGGGCAUCUCCACGCUCAGCUUAGACUUUGCAGGGUACCAGACCCGGGGCUGCUCCCAGCCCAGCGAGGUGAACUUCACCCUGAAGAUGCUGGUGUCGGCUGUGCCGGUGGCGCUGAUCCUGCUGGGGCUGCUCCUGUUCAAGCUGUACCCCAUCGAUGAGGAGAAGCGGAGGAAAAACAAGAAAGCCCUGCAGGACUUAAGGGAGGAGAGCAACAGCAGCUCAGAGUCGGACAACACAGAACUGGCCAGCAUCGUGUGACCCCGGGCUGGGUCCGUCCGCUCACACUGGGGGUCUCCGAAGGACUCGGCCCCUCCAGGACUGGACCAGCCUCGUGCUGCUGUAGGUGUGCACUGUCAAGGAGCGCCUGGGAGAAGCCGUGCAGAGCAUCUACCGACUCGAACGCGAGAUCUGUGCCGGUCCUGUGCCUUCCAUGGGACCCACAGAGCGCUGGUAGUGUACAUUACACGAAUUGACGCUGUGGUACCUGUGUGCCUCAUGAGAAACAAAUGCUAUUCCCUGCCGGGUCCCGGAGAGCAAAAAGCCCAAAGCGGGAUCCUUUUGCUUGUAACACUCGUGCCCGCUGCCCGCCUGUGCCCAGCCUGUGCGGGGCUGAUUGCCUGUGGGACCGGGGGUAAUGGUUAGUGUACAUUACACUGUCAAUGUGACCGCGGCAAGGACGUGAGCUCACCUCUGCUGUCUGUACAUAUGACACUAAUGUGGAAAGCUGUUCUUUUUUUAUAGAGCCUAAUUAACUUAAUGAUGUAAAUAUGAAACUAUUUCCUAUUUGUAUAUAUCUGUACAGAAACCAAACUUGAGCUAUUAAUAUUAAUUUACAUAAAAGAGGGGGAAGUCA